AUGGAUUUCGGCGACGGCGUUUCUUUCGCCGUCGUCCCCACUGUGUUCAAAAGAGAAGAUUACAAACGGACUAAACACGACGCCGUUUUCUCCAACUGGAAGGUUCUUAUAGGAUCCAAAGAUUGGGAGGAUUUCAAGAAUGGAAAAGAUGGUGUAGGUAGAUACAGAGUCCAGAACUUACCCUGUAAAUCUUGUCCGGGUCUUUAUGAGCUCGGUGUAGCAGUCAUCGGUAAAGACCAAUGCCGGAAGCUUGACUCGGAUGAUGUUCUUGCUGCAUAUCUUGGACAAGCUGAAAGCGUUAGAUCUAGACUUCAGCGUUAUGGAAGAUCAGGUGCUCAUUUGCGCAAUGUCAACAACCUUAACGUCUGUGAAAGUGAAGCCAUUGAAUCCAUAGAUAAGAAGGUUGUGACCGCUGGUUUGUUUGAGGACAUAUUCUCGAAAGAAGGCUCGGUUUUAUAUAGAUGGGCUCCGAUGGGGUCUAAGAGGGAAGCAGAGGCAACAGAAGGGAUACUUUUGAGCACAUUUGACUAUGCGUGGAACAAAGGUAGUAACGGGGAACGACGACAGAUUGAUUUGCUUAAGAAACUCGGUGAUCGCGGGUUUAUGAGCAAGAGAAAGUCCGGAAUAUCUCAGGUGCUUUUUCCUUUUCUUAGGAACCAAGUUGGUAUAAAAAUCAAAGGAGAGAAGCAUGUGCUUAAAGAAGAGACAAAGCUAAGCUGUGUUGUUGAUGAAGAGAAGAAGAGUCAUAAUUUCCUCAAUUCGAUAUUCAAACUCUCCCUGUCUAGACCUCGCCCGGUUUCAGACAGGUUCGACGAGACUGAUGGUUCUGCUUCUGUUUGUGGAGUUAUACUUGAAAAUGGUGGUUUUUGCAAUAGAGAUCCAGUAAAAGGAAGAAAGAGAUGCAUAGAGCAUAAAGGGCAAAGAAUUUGCCGUGUUUCACCGGAAAAACAGAAACCGCUAAAGCCCGAGGUUCACGAUAUCAAAGAAUCUGAUGUUAUGUGUGGAGUGAUCUUACCUAACAUGGAACCCUGCAAUAAGAGACCUGUUUCAGGAAGAAAACGAUGUGAGGAUCAUAAAGGCAUGAGGAUCAAUGCUUUCCUUUUUCUUCUUAACCGAACAGAUCGUGAGAAAACCGUCAAAGACGAGAAAUAUAAUCCCGAAACGCAUACCGAAAUAAACGAAGAAGAAGCUUCAAAUCGUUUCUGUGAAGCUACAACAAAGAAUGGCUUACCUUGUACAAGAAGUUCUCCUAAAGGAAGCAAAAGAUGUUGGCAACAUAAAGAGAAAACUCCCGACGAAUUAUCGCCGGAAAAUGUUCAUUCGGUGACCGGAACACAAGUAGCAUGCGGCGUUAAGUUGUGUAAUGGAUUGAUAUGUGAGAGAUCUCCGGUUAAAGGACGUAAGAGAUGUGCAGAGCACAAGGGGAUGAGAAUUACCUCUUCAUAA